CUUAUUUGGCGCCGCUAGUGAAGAGUGGGAAAGAGAAAUAAAUACACCAAACUUCAACAUGUGUUUGUUUCUUUCCCUUCUCACAAAACCUAAAUUCUGCACGUUCUCCAUAUCCAAUCGCAACGUCUCUUCCCUCCCGAUUCAUUUUUUGCAGCAGAAAAAAAUUCACCUUUGAUGGCUGAGGAAGAUUUUGGUGGAUAUGAUAUAGGAUAUGUGCCUGAGGAUCUUGGUUUUCCCCAGAAUCUUGUUGAUGAGCAUGAUGUGGAGACUGUGAUUGACAGCUCUGGAUUUCCUCAACUACUGUCUGAUGAUCAAGGUGCUGACAAUUUGGUUGAGGUUCUCCAGGGUGCCCAUUUUCCUGAGAAUGAUUUUGAUGGGUACCAACCUGAUGUUGGGGGUUUGCCUGAAGACACAGAGUAUCCACAGCAAGAGCAUGUUGAUGAAGGCCAUGAUGGUGUAGGAGUUGUGACUGAGAAUUUUGAUUCUCUGCAAGAACAGGGAGCCGCAGCCGCAGCUGCGACUGAUUCCAAGGGAAAUGAAAUUAAGAGAUGGCCAGGGUGGCCUGGAGAGAGUGUUUUCAGGAUGUUGGUUCCGGUGCAAAAGGUUGGCAGUAUUAUUGGCCGAAAGGGCGAGUUCAUUAAGAAAAUUACCGAAGAGACAAAGGCGCGAAUUAAAAUUCUUGAUGGUCCUCCUGGAGCCCCGGAAAGAGCAGUAAUGAUUUCUGCAAAAGAAGAGCCAGAUUUUCCCAUACCACCUGCUGUUGAUGGUUUGCUAAGGGUUCAUAAACAAGUUAUGAAUGUUGAUCGUGACCCUGCUGGCAGCACGUUAGGUGCUGGACGCUCAGUUGUUACUAGGAUUCUAGUUGCAGAAACUCAAGCAGGAAGCUUGAUAGGGAAGCAAGGCUCGACUAUAAAAUCUAUUCAAGAUGCCUCGGGUUGUACUAUUCGUAUUCUCGGAUCAGAAAACCUGCCAGUUUUUGCUUUGAGAGGUGACAGUGUAGUUGAAGUGCAAGGAGAAUCUGCUGGUGUUCACAAGGCAGUUGAACUUAUUGCAAGUCAUUUACGUAAGUUCUUGGUUGAUCGCAGCAUAGUUGGCGUUUUUGAAAAACAAAUGCAAAUGCCAGAUGUUCGAGUUAACCAGAAUGUGCCACCAUCCCAAACUUGGGGUCCUCCUCCUCAAGGGUUUCCACCUCUUGGUGGUGGGGGUGGACCUGGUUUUGCUCCCAAUCGUCAAUAUGUGCCACCUUCACAACAGUAUGAUCAUUAUUACCCACACCCACCUGCUGACCUGCCAGCCAUGGACAACCCCCUUCAUCAAGGUCCACCACCUGCCUAUGCAAGGGAUACUUCUAUGGGGUUUUAUUCACCAAACGUGCAACCACAACAAUCUGUUGUAACUAAGGUAACACAGCACAUGCAAAUUCCGCUUUCAUAUGCGGAUUCUGUUAUUGGAGCAUCAGGAACAAAUAUCAGCUACAUUCGUCGUGCUAGUGGAGCCAGUAUUACAAUUCAGGAGACAAAUGGUGUGCCAGGGGAGAUGACUAUCGAGAUAAGUGGGACUUCUUCACAAAUACAGGCAGCCCAACAGCUGGUUCAGAAUUCCGUUGCUGAAGCUGCAAGUGCGACACAGGAUCAAGUAGGGGGAUCAGUUGGCCAAGGUUACAAUGCCUAUCCAACAAACGCUCCUGUUUAUGCAUCUCUACCCUCUGGCGCCGGCGACCAUACAGGCCAUGCACCUUCUGCAGAUUAUGGCUCCAUGUAUGGUACCAAUUAUGGUUAUUAAGAUCCUUACAUUCAAUUUUUGCCGAGGAAUCUAGUGUAAUAAGAAAAUUCAAUGCUUAAUUUAUUUGAAGGAAUAAAGAAAAUAGAAAGUACUCCUGAUAUUUGAAAUUUGAACUUGGGCUGACAAACCACAUUUUGAGGAUAGAUUGUUUGAUACCUUUGACAGGAAAUAGAUGUUUUAAAGUAUUUAAGAAUACUCCAUUCAA